CUAACAGCCAGAAAAUGCCGCCUAAAAGGUUAAGCCCUGCGACGACCUAGCUAUGCACUCUUGCCUUUGAUGCUAUGAACCGAUGUCAACAACAUGGUGUGAAGAUGGUCUAUGCUAAUAUCGACGUGUGAAUGGCGUCCCGCAAUCACAUGAGGCCCUGCUUGUUGGCAAGGAUCUCGUUCUCGAAAUGCAAGCACGAGAACAUGAAGGGUUCCGGAAAACCUGCAUGUCCAUGGCCCAGACCCUCCAUAGGGUCGACAUGCGAUGGCGGAUAGGUCUACUGCAAGAUGCGGCAGCCGUCGAAAAGCAAGCAGCGAAAGAGGCAGCAGCCGAGGCAGCCAAAAAGCAUAAGGCCACUAUACCCACCGUCAAAACGGAAGCGCAGAUGAAGGCAGAAGAAGAAGCAGCGGCGAAAUCGGCCAAAGAAGCCUCAGAACCGGCGAAGCCACGGACCAAGCCCAAGAUCAGACCUCUGUCUGAAGCCAAGGCCAUAGAGUCCGGAGCCACCUUCAUAAGCGAGACCUUCCUUUUCACCGUUGCGGCUGGCUUGAUCGUGUUCGAAGCCUGGCGGUCGGGACGGAAGGAGAGCAGACGGAGGGAUGAUGUGGCGGAUCGUCUGAAUGAGCUCGAAGAAUCGGAGAAGGCUGCUCGAAAAGCCCUUGUGGAAUUAGAAAGGGAAGUGCUACGUCUCCGAGCAAAAGAGAAGAAUGGGAAGCCGAAUGGCACUGUAAGAAUACUACCACCCGAGAUCUAUGAGGAGGACAAAGAUGUUGAGAAACCAGAAAAGCCCAAAGGCUGGUUUGCGCGUAUCGCAUCUUUUGUGUCUUCGGAGAAGGACGAUGAAGAGGCCAAAGAAGCACUGGAGCAGCACAAGCCUGGUCCGGCCGAGAAGAUACUGGUCGAGACGGAAAAAGCUCUGGAAGAAAAGCACAGACAACAGGUUAUCGAAGCUGCGAAGGAAGGAACCUCAGAAUCGAAGCCAAAACGGUGAGGCUUUGCCGGUGCUUGAGCAUUCCAAUUCUGGCAAGCUUUUCCACGGCUUUGAAGGAAACCCCGACAAACGGCGGCCCUACCGAUGA